GCGUAAUGCAGGCUAUAAAUGUACACACCACACACAAACUCGAAUAAUUUGGGUUUACUUUCUUUAGCGCCAAAAGUUUUCGUAUUUUGAGCCCCCGCCCCUAAAAGAGCCUGCUAUCAUCCAUUCACUAAUUCUCAGUCCCCAAAGACCAUUUGGGCACAUCAGAAAAUCUCUCUCUCGAAUGGAUUGUGUAUAACGUACAAGGGAAUAGUCUACAUUGGCAUCUUUGGAUUUAUUUACCGAAGAAAUUAAUCAUAGACAAGUGAUGCUAAGUGGUUUGAAAGUGUUUGGCAAACACAAGUUGAUACUAUCAAUCCAAUUCAAAGUCCGAUGGCUGUUUCAUCUUCUCUUUUUACAACUUCGUUGCAGGGGAGCAUGGUUGCUCCCAAAACAUUAAAAUGUCACAGAGAGUAUAUGUGUAGUCCUUCAAAUGUCUCCUGCAGACAAUCUGGAUACAGUAAGUCAAUGUACCUAGCACAUUCGAGGUUAUUACCCAGCGGGAAAUUAUCGAAAUGGGAACAAACUGAUGGAUUCUCUUCGAAGGACAGAAUCCAGUGCUGUGCAGUACAAGUUGAAAAUGCACCUUCAUUUUCGGUAGGGAAGAAGUUUCAGCUUGAUGAUGUAAUUGAAGCUCUACAAUUUGAUAGGGAUAUUCUUGGUGCUAUAUUUGAAGUUGCAAGUGAGAUGGAGAAGAUUGAAAAGAAUUCUCCCGGAAGCCAAAUUCUUAAGGGUUAUCUUAUGGCUACUCUCUUUUAUGAGCCUUCCACUAGAACUAGGCUUUCCUUUGAGUCUGCCAUGAAAAGGUUAGGUGGGGAAGUUUUGACAACAGAAAAUGCACGGGAGUUUUCAUCAGCAGCUAAAGGAGAAACACUUGAAGAUACCAUAAGAACCAUUGAGGGUUACUCGGAUAUAAUUGUGAUGCGGCACUUUGAAAGUGGUGCUGCCAAAAGAGCAGCUGUUACAGCUGGCAUUCCUAUUAUUAAUGCCGGGGAUGGUCCUGGGCAGCAUCCUACACAGGCUCUCUUGGAUGUAUAUACCAUUGAAAGAGAGUUAGGGAAACUAGAUGGCAUCAAGGUUGGGCUAGUGGGUGAUCUUGCCAAUGGAAGGACUGUCCGCUCACUUGCUUACUUGCUUGCCAAGUACCAAGAUGUUAAGAUCUACUUUGUCUCUCCUGAUGUGGUAAAAAUGAAGGAUGAUAUAAAAGACUAUUUGACAUCAAAGGGAGUGGAAUGGGAAGAAAGUGCUGACUUAAUGGAAGUGGCUUCUAAGUGUGAUAUAGUGUAUCAAACUCGCAUUCAGAAAGAAAGAUUUGGAGAGAGAAUUGACCAAUAUGUACAAGCUCGAGGCAAGUACAUUGUAGAUCAGAAUGUCUUGAAUGUUAUGCAGAAGCAUGCCGUGGUCAUGCACCCUCUACCAAGGCUUGACGAGAUUACUGUGGAUGUUGAUAGGGAUCCAAGGGCUGCUUAUUUUAGACAAGCAAAGAAUGGACUUUAUAUACGGAUGGCUCUUUUGAAGCUCUUACUUGUCGGGUGGUGAAAAUGCCAGUUUCAAAUUUUGACUCUUUUUUUUGAAAGGGCUUCAAAUUUUGACUUAGUUUCCAUGGUUUAGUCAUGUUGAUUGAGUUAUGAUAACUGAAACUACGGGAAUUAAUUGUUUUUUCUUUUUUGAGUUUGAACAAUAUGCGGGGAUCUAAAUGAAUAAGAUUAUAUUUAAGAGAAAUGUUAUAUCUAUAACACUUUUACAACAAA